AUGACCAACUAUGCAUUUUGCACUGAACUAGAUUUUGUAGCAGGAACACAGAAGAGGAAAGGCAGGGCACAGCCAGCAUCCAGCAGCAGACCCGUGACCAGCAAUAUUUCCCGACUGGCAGCAGUGCCGCUCUGCUUCGAGAACGUGAGCGGCUCCUGUGUCAGAUCGCCCUACUCCCCUGGGGCCCGCGUGGACCUGUACACAGUGUUUGGCUUCGGGGCUGUGCUGGCCGCGUUUGGAAACCUCCUGGUGAUGAUUUCAAUCCUUCAUUUCAAGCAGCUGCAUUCUCCCACCAAUUUUCUGAUCGCCUCUUUGGCUUGUGCGGACUUUUUGGUGGGCGCCACCGUGAUGCCCUUCAGGGCAUCUUCACUCUUUCACCUGUCGUUCGUCUCCAUCAACAGGUACGUUGCCGUCACUGACCCCCUGGUCUAUCCCACUAAGUUCACGGUUUCCGUGUCGGGGAUGUGCAUCAGCCUCUCCUGGGUCCUGCCCCUGGUGUACAGCGGGGCCGUGUUCUCCACGGGGGCCAACGACGACGGGCUGGAGGGAGUGGUGAGCAUCCUCAACUGCGUGGGCGCCUCUCAGAUGGUUGUGAAUCAAAAACGGGUGCUGAUAGAUUUUCUGCUAUUCUUCCUACCAACCAUUGUUAUGAUAAUUCUUUACAGUAAGAUUUUUUUUGUGGCUAGACAACAGGCCAAAAAGAUUGAAAAUAAUGGUAGCCAAGUAAAAUCACUACCACGGACUCACAAAGCCAGGGUGAUCAAGAGGGAGAGAAAAGCAGCCAAGACCCUGGGGAUCAUGGUGGGUGCAUUUUUAGUGUCAUGGUUACCAUACCUGACUGACUCGCUCAUUGACAGUUUCAUGGGCUUUAUAACCCCUUCAUAUGUUUAUGAGAUGCUCUGCUGGUUUGGUUACUAUAAUUUUGCUCUAAAUCCUUUAAUUUAUGCUCUAUUUUACCCUUGGUUUAGGAAAGCCAUGCAACUUAUUUUAGGUGGGGGGGUUUUAAAGGAUGCUUCAUCAACCAUUAGUUUAUUUUCCAAAUAA